AUGUUGUGGAUCGCAUCAUCUUCUUUAUACAUAAACUUCAGAAAUAGAAAAUUAAUGUACAAAGCGUGGUUGCCAUAUAAUUAUUACUCAUCGACAAUACUUUUUUAUCUGACAUCUGCUCAUCAAAUGCUAAGCAUGACUAUCUCAAUGUUUGUAAAUAUUGGUUGCGAUACUCUCAUCUGUGGAUUAUUAGUCCAUAUUUGCUGUCAAAUUGAGAUUUUGACUUAUCGCCUGAGAAACAUUAUAUUUUGUUCAGAUGUUCUUCGUAUUUGCUUACAUCAACAUUACCAUAUCUUCAGAUUUGCUUUACUUGUAAAUGAAAAAUUCAGAGUGACUAUUGCUAUUCAAAUAAUAUUAAGUACAAUGAUGAUAUGCUUGAGCCUUUAUCAAAUUAGUAAAACAACAGUAAAAGCUAGUUUUAUUCAGUUCAUAUUAAUUAUAAUUUGCGUAUUGACGCAAAUUUUUUUCUAUUGUUGGUAUGGUAACGAAGUAAAGAUAAAGAGUUAUCAGAUCAUCGAUGAUAUUUUCGAAAUGGAAUGGCUGACAUUAGAUAAUAAUAUAAAGAAGUCUUUAAUCAUUAUGAUGAUGCGAGCACUUGUGCCUAUUCAGAUUAAUUGCGCUUAUGUUAUUCCUAUGAAUCUCGAUUCCUUUAUGAACGUUAGUACAGAUAUUAAAAGUUGA